AUGGCGCCUCUUCGGCGCUCCGGUCGAUCGCGACGAGCUCAGGAUGACCUUUCAGAUCCCGAUGCUAACAUCAGCACCAGGUCCACGAGACAAACUCGCGCCACUGCUGCUCCUGAAUCAGUAUCAGCAUCUCCAUCCCCAUCUAGUUCAUCCGGAGAUCGACGUAGAUCUCUCCGUCUCACAUUAAAAAUGCCUGCUGGGAAAUUGCGAGAGGCUACUGGAGGCCGCUCCGGCCGGCGCUCCGUCAAUGUCUUCCAAAACAACCCCAUUGUUUCUGGGCCACGGACUAGCCGCAAUAGAAAGAAACUCGUGGAAAUUGCUACAUCAGACGAGGAAAUCGAAGACCAAGAAGAAGACGAGGUCGACGAUGAAGACGCUCCCGGCGAGGAUGAUGAAGAUGCCGAUGCUGACGGCGAUCUCGAUAUGGACGACGCACCCCCGCAACCGCCGGUAAGGCGGAACGCUAAGCAGGCCACAUCUACACGGGGCAAGGCUGCUAAGAGCGUGGAAGAAAAGGAAAUGGAAAUGGAAGAGGAUGAAGAGGAGGAGGAAGAGGAAGAUGACGAAAACGUCUCGGACACCGAUUCGGAUGCCGAAGGCGAGCCCGAUGAUCAGGAUGAGAGUGCCGUUCCCGACGUCAAUGUCGAUGAUCUAGACGAGGAAGACGAGGAGGACGAACUGGAUGACGACAUGGACAGCGAUGCGCUUGCCAUGGAGGGCAAACAGACCAAACGGCAGCGUGGGAAUCUGGGCAAUGAUUUUCUUCAACUCCCAAUGGAACCCCAAGUCAAGAAGCAUCUAACGGCCGAGGAGCGUGCCAUGCGAAGAGCUGAAAUGGCUCGACGCAGGAAGAAUCUGAGCGAGAAGCGCAACGAGGAAGAAAAAAUGGAUACCAUCAAUCGUCUGUUGCGCAAGCAACCCCCAAAGCGCCGUGGCCGAGCGGCUGCCGAGGGUGCCGAAUCCACACCAGCCGAUGGAGAGGCCCCGGAAGCCGAAAAAGCAGACCCUCUCAUGGUUCGAUGGGUCAGCAAUGCCAAUGGCUGCAAAGUUGGCGUACCAGAGGAAUGGCUUGGUACACAAGCAGGUCGGCUGUUCGGAACGCCCGCCAACGGAAGCGGGAAGCUUGUGGAAGAACUAUAG